CCUCGACCGUCAGUAUGUGUCCGUCCGGACGCUGUACGCACUCGUCCGUCCCUAGCGCGUCAGUCGUACACCUUUUGCGCCGUUCGUUGGACACUUAUCGGUUUGUCUUUGGUGGCAAUAUAGUGCGUCUGCAAAAUUCGAAACUUGGGAAAAGGCACGUUCGCGUUACGUCACGUUGCGAUUGGAGCCUGUGUGCUUCGAGAUAUCGCAAUAUCGAGUGAAAAUCGCGCGGCGACGCCGUUCGCAAGAUCUCAGGAAGUGACUACGACGCGGGAUACGGGUCGCACGUGGCUCGUAGCUUUCGCUGGGUAGAUAUUGCGAAACUAUUCGGUAAGCUUUCCAUUCGGAACCGUUCGAUUACUCCGUAGAUAUCUAUUGUAUUUUCUGGGGGAAAAGUUGCGUCAAGGUACGCAACACAGCGGUCGCGCAUUUUUAUUAUAAAUCCGGGGCCAAAUUUGCAAUUCCGCGUCUUCUCGUUCGAGUUGAAGCUGACGAGAAAAUAAAUAUCGAUAUCGAUUAAUUAAUAUCCGUCGAACUGGGGUGCGAUAAUUUCAACGACGAGCUAUUGCCGCCCGCGCCUCGAAGCAAUAUCGUUGCCGAGCGAAGGACCCGAAGAAGAAGAGGAAGAAGAAGAAGAAGACCAGGCGCUUUCAUAACGAGAAUACACAUCGCGGAUAACACAUGAAGAGACUCGACGAGCCAACGUGCAUGAGUGUGUGCGUGAGGGCGGAUAAAAACGUCGCUUCGCGAUCUCAGCAAAGGCUGAGAGUUCGUUCGGAGGUGUCUGACCGACCGGAAGUGCUCGUCGAAUGUGACUUCGCGUUGUGAGACUCGCAAAUACGAAAGUUCGCGAGAACUGCGAACAGCAAAAUGCGAGAGAAAUGACGCGAUUAGUGGAAGAAGAGGCGGAAAGGUAGUUCAAGCAGCCAGAUCAAGCAAGGCUGGUCUUCUUCAAGUUUCUUCGGGAAAGAAAGUCGCAGUGACUCGACGAAUAGUCCCCUCGCUGAAGAUGUGGGUCUUCGCUCGUUGUCGACUACCUCCACGUGCUGAUACUUUUAUGACUUAACAAUUUCAAAAGUCUUUCUAACAAUUUUGCAAUCGACGUAGAUAAUUCGCUCGAAGGGAAAAGGCCAACUUCGGCGACAGCCGUGCGACGAACUGAAUGGAAAGACCGUUGCUAGGGUUGAACGGCGGGGAAAUGAAAAACUAUUGUCGUGGCGAGUCGCCGGUGAUACGUGAAACAGCGAUACCGUGAUCGGGAGUCGUGAUAAUAAAUCGCAGAUCCGCGACAGCGAUAUGAAGAGAAGAGAUAUGGUCUCUUGCCAUCCAACAUCUGUUGUCCAACGCCUGCCGAUGCAAGAUUCGAGUCGGAUCGGCUACAGGGCGAUCAACGGUAUGAACGCUCCGAAUCCGAAAAUCUCUCAUCAUCAAGUUACUUCUUCGAAUUACUCGCCGCAAAUGGUCAAUUGGGUGUACUUAACUGUCGCCGAGCAUAAUUCACCGCAGUCGUCCGAUCAGAGCAAGUUACUUCCUGCGAUGUGGAACAAUUUUCCUGCGAUACCGUCGACGUCUUAUCUGCAGCCGAGCACGUCUGGAACCUCUGGAGUGAGGCCCGGCAGAAGUAAUGCGAUAGGAAGCGUAACAGACUUAACAGAACAAUUAAGUGAAUUAGCCAUAGGCGAUAGAAGAUCCACCAGAAGACCUCCGCCGACAUAUCUGUGCCAUUUGUGCUUUAGGAAAGGCCAUUACAUUAAGGAUUGUCCGCAGGCAGUUAACGGCGACGGCGACGGCGUCUGCGACGGCGGCGGCGGCGGCGACGACGAUGUCCGCGACGGCAGCUGCGGCAGCGACGGCGCCGACGGCGACGACGACGACGACGGCGGCGGCGGCGACGGCGACGCGACGCCGAUGCGAAUAGGAAACUGAAAUCUCACGUAAUUUCUGCAGGCACGACCGAGGGGCGAGGGCCUAACGCCGUACCAGGGUAAAAAGCGAUGCUUCGGCGAAUACAAGUGUCCCAAAUGUAAGCGCAAGUGGAUGUCGGGGAACAGCUGGGCCAAUAUGGGCCAAGAAUGUAUCAAGUGUCACAUCAACGUGUAC